AACUUCUUCAGUCUUUUUCAGUUGAGCCACCACUGUCACCACCACUACACGAUGCAGGCCGCUCUCUUUUCACCAGCGGUCAACUCCUCCGCCGCCACCACUACAUACUUGGAACCUCAACCUCUCCGCCGCCACUAUUGUUCCUUCCGUCGCCCCCACACGAUCCGUGCUUCGAUCGAGGCUGUUCCACCUCCCCCUGAAUCCUCAGCAACCCCCUCUCAACAUCUCAAACUCAACAAGUACAGCUCCCGAAUCACCGAACCCAAGUCCCAGGGUGGGUCUCAGGCCGUCUUAUAUGGUGUUGGCCUCUCUGAUGACGACAUGCAUAAGCCUCAGGUCGGCAUCUCUUCGGUCUGGUACGAGGGUAACACCUGCAAUAUGCACCUCCUACGCCUCGCCGAAGCUGUCAAGGAAGGCGUUACAGAGGCUGGAAUGGUUGGCUUUAGGUUUAAUACGAUCGGGGUUAGUGAUGCCAUCUCCAUGGGUACCCGAGGAAUGUGCUAUAGUUUGCAGUCCCGGGACUUGAUUGCCGAUAGUAUUGAGACUGUUAUGGCCGCCCAGUGGUAUGACGGGAACAUUUCGAUUCCUGGUUGUGACAAGAAUAUGCCAGGUACAAUUAUGGCAAUGGGCCGACUUAAUCGCCCGAGUAUCAUGGUUUAUGGUGGAACAAUCAAGCCUGGUCAUGUUCAGGAUCAUACUUAUGAUAUAAUAUCAGCCUUUCAGUGUUAUGGAGAGUAUGUUAGUGGCUCAAUCACUGAUGACCAGAGAAUGAAUGUCAUACGCAAUUCAUGCCCGGGAGCUGGUGCUUGUGGGGGGAUGUAUACAGCAAAUACUAUGGCUUCAGCCAUUGAGGCAAUGGGCAUGUCACUGCCCUACAGCUCUUCCACGCCAGCAGAAGACCCAUUGAAGUUGGAUGAAUGUCAUUUAGCUGGAAAAUAUCUUUUGGAUUUAAUCAAAAUGGACCUGAAACCACAAGAUAUUAUCACUCACAAAUCGUUGCACAAUGCAAUGGUUAUCGUUAUGGCUCUUGGUGGGUCAACCAAUGCUGUCUUACAUUUGAUUGCCAUAGCUAGGUCUGUUGGUCUGCAGUUAACUCUAGAUGAUUUUCAGAAGGUCAGCGACAAGGUUCCCUUCCUCGCUGAUCUGAAGCCAAGUGGCAAAUAUGUCAUGGAGGAUGUACACAAGAUUGGAGGGACACCAGCUAUCAUACGCUACCUUUUGGAGCAAGGGCUUUUAGAUGGGGACUGUAUGACUGUUACUGGGAAGACACUGGCAGAAAAUGCAAAACUUUUCCUUCCUUUGGCUGAAGGACAGCAAAUUAUAAGAACACGAGAAAACCCCAUCAAACAGACAGGUCAUCUCCAGAUAUUGUAUGGCAAUCUAGCUCCUGAGGGUUCUGUGGCGAAAAUUACUGGAAAAGAAGGACUAUUUUUCUCAGGUCCUGCUCUUGUUUUUGAAGGUGAAGAGUCUAUGAUAGCAGCCAUAUCGGAGAAUCCUAUGAGUUUUCAGGGAAAAGUUAUUGUUAUUAGAGGAGAGGGACCCAAAGGAGGACCAGGCAUGCCUGAGAUGUUAACACCAACGAGCGCAAUAAUGGGGGCAGGUCUUGGGAAGGAUGUUGCUUUGUUAACCGAUGGUAGAUUUUCAGGGGCUUCACAUGGAUAUGUUGUUGGUCACAUAUGCCCUGAAGCACAGGUUUGGGGAAGAAUGAGGAGAGAUGAAGAGGUGAUGUUUGGACGUACUUUAGACUUUCAAGCCUAUCCCAUGAAUUGGAUCAUGAUCCCUCACCUGGCAAUGGAAUUCCGCUACUGACAGAGCGAGGGUCACUUGGGGAAUUUGGAGAUUUGAAAUCACUUGCUUUUUGAUGAAGACAACCCUGAAAAUUCACAUCAGUAUCAUUCACAUGCUUUGCUUGUUUAACACUUAAUAUAUAUCUAGGGAUAUUCUAUGAUUAAAAUGAGGGGCUUAGGGCAUUCGGUACUAAGCAUGGGGAGGAAAACACAGUUUCUCUGAAUUCUAACAUGAGAAAUAAGUAAAGAGCAUAGAAAACUAUCUGUAUCACCUCUUUUGAUGCGAUAUCCUGCAUAACCUCCAAUAUGUGCAAGUGUUUCUGUGAUUUUUUAUGACCUCCAAUAUGUGCAACUAUAUUACCUCUUACUAGGGUAUUGGUGCAAGUAGGCUGUUGGUUGGAUAAAGACAAGGGUUAUGUAUGAGCCUAGCUGCUUAUGUAUGAUUACCGGCAGGGAGUCACCUCAACCUUUUGUGAACCCAAUUUUUACUUAUUUACAUGACAUUAUUUAACAAAUUAUUGAUGAAAUAAACUUAAAGAGGGUUUGCCUCGA